CAGUAGGCCUAAGUAAGUGUAUGAAUGAACAAAGUAAAAGUAAAGGUUAUUGAAAGCCGGCAAAUGUUAUGAAAGCAGAUAACUUUAAUUGAGUGGGAAAAAGGAGACGUAGAAUAUUUUGUGCCAAUAAGACGACAAAAAAGUAUAGUCUCUGUGCUAAAAAGCACAAAAAACUAGAUCUAGAAUCCAGUCCUUGCAGCUUGCUUGAAGUUGAAGUUGGAGUCCCUCGAUUCGAUUGUAAGUCAAGACCAAGACAAGAAGACAACAAAGACUACUGUAAGUAUACCAUGGCAUCUGUAAAAAGCAUUGCUCAAAGAUUUCAUCUCCGAAGCAAGACUGAUGUGUACAGAAGGUGUUUAUCUUUAAGGAGACCAGACUUUUUGUUUGAAACAGUGAGGCAUCUGACUUCUAGUCCACUUGGACGAACACAGGAUCAAAGGCGCACUCACUGUCCACAGUGCGUUAAAGCCCGUCUUUGUCGACUUCGAACAAGUUACAUUACCAGAAACUUUUCUUCGAAGAGUGUGUUUGACAACCAGCCACCAUCUUGGCUGUUCGUCAGCGGCGCAGUAGCUGGAGCAUAUGGAGCUCAGGUGAAUCUAGAGCUUGGAUUGAACGAAAGACUGACUGGGGAGCCUUUGAGGAAACUACAAGAGAACAUCAGUGCACGAAAAAUGGAACUGAGAUUGGAUGAACUGAUCCAAGAUUAUAACAGGUUACUACAACUGAAGAGAGAAAGAGAAGAACUUAUUGCCAAGAGAAAUGAACUGUUUCAACAAAUUCGUGCUUUGAAAUCACAAGGAAAGUCAUCUGUAGACACUGAAUCUUUGUACCAAGAAGCUGUUGCAGUCAAACAAAGGAUUAAAAAUUCAGUGAAUCAAGCGAUGUGGGAUCUUGAAGAAAGUGUUACUCUAAGAGGAUUAAAACUUCCCAAUGAAUUACAUGAGUCCACUCCCCUGAGUGAUGCAUCUCAAAUUCUGCAAGAGAAAGAGGGAACAAGAGAACCUCAGAGCAUGAAUCAUGUUGAGGCUGGAGAAAAACAUGAGUUGAUCAAGUUCAGUAAUGUUGGUCCAAAAGCGUACUACUUGAAGGGUGAACUAGCCAUAGCGGAACAGGCCUUGGCGGAGCUCAUCUGUGGCUACAUGGAGAAGAAAGACUACAGGCUCAUUGCAGGACCGGAGUUCUUCAAGACACCUGUUCUGGAAGGAUGUGGCCGUGAUGUGUUCGACACAGAGGGGGUGUUGACUAUACAGCAUGUGAUCAAGGAUAUAGUUGAGCCCAUGAACCAUCUGGCUGGAGUUUCCCCAAUGACUUUUGCUGCAUACAUGGCAAAGCUGUGUGUUGGUGACGCACGUCUGCCGUUUAACUUGUUCUCUUGUGGAAGGACCUACCAGAACAGUGACCUACCUGGCCUGUUUGGAGCCAUGCAGACAACACAGGUCGGCCUUUUUUCCGGUGUGACAGAGUCUGACGUUGACUUGCAGUUUGAACAGACCAUUGAUGUUGUCUGGAAGCUCUUGCAAUCUCUGGGUUUCUCCAUGAGAUUGUCCCUUGUUCCUGUCACAGAUCUGAGACAAGAGGAGAGACGGAGAGUAGAGCUUCAAGUGUUUGCCCCAAGCCUCGAUAGCUUCAUCCCUAUAGGAUAUGUGAGUGACCUAGGGGACUUUGUCAGUCGUCGUCUAAUGACCUGCCACAACCGUAACCAUGGUGACAUCCGUCGAGCUAAGCAUCUGCACAUGAUCUCCGGGAGCGCAGUAAACAUCACCUCGCUACUGGCUGUGUGGCUGGAGCACACCGACCUGGACCAGAUGGGAAUUGGUCUGUAGUUCCUUCGUUCCCUCUGAGACCUUAGCUGGAAUAUUGUUGCCGUAGGGCCUACUUG